AUGGCAAAUCAACCUGCGCAAUCUCGUCCUUGGUUCCGUCUGAGUUCCAUAGCUCGGCCAGCUCCUGAAUCAAUUCCAACUCCAGUUGCAGCUCCUGAGCCAGCUCCAGUUCAGGCUCGUCCGGUUCUUGCGAGACCUGCACUUAGGCCUCAGCCUUCCGUUCUAUCAACUCUGCCUCAAGAAUCGACCCCUGCACCCCCACCAUCUGCUGCCACAGUUGCACCACCAAUUGCUGCUCCACCACCUGCUGCACCGGUUCAAGUAUCCCCUGCAAACCCAGCUGGUGGCGGUGGUGUGGCAUCAGUACCAUCAUCCCCCAUACGGAGGCCUUCUGCUCCUACUGCUUCUUUGCCUACCUCUCCGGUCCAAUCAGCCACUGUAAGCGGUCCAAUUACUGCCAAUGGUUCAGUACAAGCAUCGCCGAGAUCUAGAGUUCCAGCUCCUACAAUAUCCUCAGUUCCAACUUCUCCUGUCUUAAAACCGGCUCAGACUUUUUCUGUCCCAACUUCUCCUGUCUUAAGACCUGCUCAGACUAUUUCUGUGCCAACUUCUCCUGUCUUAAAAACCACUCAGACUUCAUCUGUCCCUACUUCUCCUGCCUUAAAACCGUCUCAGACUUCGUCUGUCCCAACUUCUCCUGCCUUAAAACGCGCUCAGACUUUGUCUGUCCCAACUUCUCCGGUGAAUAAGCCAAUGCCAACCCCAUUUGCUGUCCCAAGCUCUCCUACGCCAAAACCAUCUCCAAAAACGUCCUCUGUUCCGGCAUCUCCAACCAACAAAGCAUCUCCCAUUACCACAGCCCGCGUACCUAGCCCUGUACCAUCAUAUGCAAGAAACAUAAACCUUGUUGUUGAAAGCCCACCUCGGUCACCUAAGCCUAAUCCCACUGCUCCACCACCUUCUCCGUUACUCUUACCACCUGCCAAGCUAAAAUCAGAUGCAGAACCUGAACCCAAGAUUCCAAUGUUAGCAGAGCAGAAAACAGUGCUUGUUCAGAAAACUAUUGAUAAUCCUAAACCCUGGACCAACAGUGGCAGCUCGGAUAGAAUUCCUGAAGAUGCCAUCAAGUCCAAACUUUACGGACAUAACGGAAAGCAAGAAACAUCCAAAGAUCGCCAUGGAGAAACAAAAGAGAAAGCUCACCACAAGAAGCUAUCCACAGAUUCUGAAGAUGGAGGCAUGAGAAUCAUCACAAUUGCAGGUGAAAACAAAGGUGCAUUCAUGGAAGUAAUUCACACUCCUAACAAUAAGAAACAUGUGUUCCAAGGACACCCUCAUCGUAUUGGCAAUCAACCGAAAGGCUCUAGCAGUAGUAGCAGCAGCAGCAGCAGCGAUGGAGAAGGCAAAGCGAAGAUGAAAAAAGACGGGAGCCAUAAAGGUUCGGGAACGAACUCGCUGCCAUUAAGUGCAUUUAUGAAUAGUAAUGUACAAGGUGUUAACAAUUCAAUUGUGUACAAUUCUUCGUGCACACAUCAUGAUCCUGGAGUCCAUCUUGCACUCUCUAGAAAACCAGCCGGGGCUGGUGGUGGAUUCCACAUUAAGGAUCGGAGCCAGGGCCACCACCACCAUGAUUAA